UCCUGCCGCCACGCAUUCUAGCCUGCUGCGCGCGCAUAUGAAGCGCAGCCGCAUUUUUUCUUUUUGGUUCGCAGCACAAAUACACAGAGCGCCACUGUUCAGUCCACAUCCACACCGGAUUCGAUAUCCGCUGCUCUUGUCUCCAUCGCAUCGCAUCGCGGCGCUGUCCUGCUGCUGUCUGCGUCCCAUCUCGCCCCGAGUACACCUGGCCGCACGCAUCCAUGUCUGAUACCGAGCACCAAGAAACCGCCACGCCUGAACAGCUCGAGGCUGAGCGGAAGGCCAAAAAGAACAAAUACCGACGAGACAAACCAUGGGACACCGACGACAUCGAUAAGUGGGCCAUCGAGCCCUUCAAGCCCGAGGACAACAAGACCUCGUUCCUGGAGGAGAGCAGCUUUGCCACUCUGUUUCCAAAGUACCGCGAGCACUACCUCAAGGAGGUUUGGCCCCAAGUCACAAAGUCCCUCGAGAAAGUGGGAAUUGCCUGUGUGCUGGACUUGAUUGAAGGCAGCAUGACCGUCAAAACCACACGAAAGACCUUUGAUCCAUAUAUCAUCUUCAAAGCACGAGAUUUGAUCAAGCUCCUCGCCAGAAGCGUUCCUUUUCAGCAGGCUGUCAAGAUUCUGGAAGACGGCAUCGCCUGCGACAUCAUCAAGAUCGGAAACAUCAUCCGCAACAAGGAGCGCUUUGUCAAGAGACGGCAGCGGCUGCUUGGACCCAGCGGAAACACCCUCAAGGCCAUUGAGCUGCUGACAAAGUGCUACGUCCUGGUUCAGGGCAACACCGUCUCGGCCAUGGGCCCGUACAAGGGUCUGAAGGAAGUCCGAAGGAUCGUCAUUGACUGCAUUGGGAACAUCCAUCCUAUUUAUCACAUCAAGGAACUGAUGAUCAAGCGAGAGCUCGCCAAGGACGACAAGCUCAAGGACGAGUCCUGGGAACGAUUUUUGCCACACUUCCGCAAGAAGAGCGCCCCAGCCCAGAAGAAACCCAAGAAGGCCAAGAAGGCUGAAUACACACCCUUCCCCCCUGCGCCCACCCCUAGAAAGAUUGAUCUCCAAAUCGAGUCGGGAGAGUACUUCCUCUCCAAGUCCGAGAAAGAGUCCAUCCAGCGGCAGAAGAAGCAAGAGGCUCAGAAUGAAGCCAACGUCCAGCGAGAGAAGAAACGGAGCGAGGCGUUUGUCCCUCCCGUCGAAACCAAGGCAAAGCCCUCGCAGCCUGCAGAUUCGAAGGAGGAGAAGCUCUCUAUCGACGAUCUCAAGAAGAAGCUCACUGAGAAGGCAAAGAAAAGGAAGGUCGAGGUCAAGGUGGAUGCCGAUGCGUACAUCGAGAAGCCUGCGAAAAAGACCAAGAAAUAGCCUCCUCCGGCUUUUUGAGUCUGCGGAGUGCAGAGGUGCUGCACACUGUCCAAUACACAUCUCUGAUCUCCAGCAACGCAUCGCCGGCGAGGUAGCAUCCGACAGAACAUCGCAUCCUCCCACCGUGCCCACGUAUCGCAUCACAUUGCGUCCAAUCCAGCUGGCUUCUCGGCAAUCUUGACGGAGGCCUGGCUCUCCGGAUAUCUGAGGUCACUUCCAUGCGAAAAAAUCGCACCGGUGCUCAGUGAUACCGUUCGACGAUAGAGUCGGCGACGAGGGUCCCACAGGUCUCGCACAGAGGUAAAAGUGCUUGCCCUUGUUGGUGCCGGCCUUCUUGACGACAAAU